UCUCGCACCUAUCUAUCACGACGAUGUGAAUCAAUUUAUUCAUUUCUAACAGCAGUGACCAUCAGAACGCCACUACGUACCACCAAUCCUUGACCGUGAUUUGAACUUGGACAUGGUUGCAAUGGCAUCCUCAGCAGCACUUCGCAGUUAUGUGCUCGCACUUCUGGUGGUGAUGGCAGUAGUGCCACACAUUUCUGCACAACAGUGUAAUACAAAUCUCCUGGAAGCAGUACGCGCACAGCCUAGUCUCUCAAUUCUCGCAGAUGUUAUUGAAGCCUCGGGUCUCGCGGAGCAACUCAGCAUGACCGACAAUGUCACUGUCCUAGCACCAGACAACAAUGCCUUCAAUGGAACUGGUGGAUUACUCUCCAUCCUUGCUGCCAACAACUUGACAUUGGAGCAAGUCACUGCUCCAGGAAGUAACCGUGCGGCCAGUAUCUUGUUGUACCACAUCGUCCCCAGUCCCGCUACUGCAGCUGACCUCACGGACGGACAAACUUUGACUACCGCCCUCGGGAAAGCUUAUGAAUUGACUGUGGACAAGACUGCCACGCCCACCGUUGUCGUAUCCUUCAUCGGUGCGGGAAGUAAUGCUACGGUCAUCACCGCUGACCUUCGAGUCUGCAACUCCGUCGUCCAUAUCGUAAACACUGUGUUGCUUCCUGCCACAACUUUGACUGCAAUCCCAAUUUACAACUUGGAGCCUUCACCAUCACCAGUUGGAUCUCCCGGAAUGUCACCUGCCCCCACAGGUAACGGUGUUGUCCCAGGAUCACCUACUGCUCCCACAGCUUCAGUGCCUGGGUCUCCUCCGGAAUCCGGCGGUGCUGACUCGUCCUUCACCGCUGGGUCCGCUGUUGUCGCUCUAUCUGCUGCUGUCGCACUUGCCAUGAUCAUGUAAGCUGCGAGAUAAGCUGCACGAACAAUUUGUGCGAUUGUGCCGACUACAUUCUCAUCUAAAGCAGUGCUGCGAUUGUAGAAAGUUUUACGAAGAUUUUAUAGUUCGCCAGUUUUUUGCAAUCAUUGUUGCGAGAUUUUUUUCCCGUCCGUACAUUAGCCGAAUUUCUGUGUAGUUUUGGACAUACAAUUGUUAGUGUCAAAACAUGAUGAAAACUUCAAUUUGAAGGUAAUAAAUUUUCGGUAUAAUCUUUUCUCAUA